AUGUUUUCGUCACCGACGGGCGAGAGCGUGGCGUGCAGCAGCACGUCCUCGUCGACCUCGUCAUCCUCUUCUUCCUCAUCGUCUUCCUCCUCCUCCUCGGACUCGGAUUCCGCGGAGGUUGCGGGCUCAGCUCACGUGUCGGCUGAUGACUCGAGUGCGGCCCUCGCUGCCGCAUGCCAGCUACAGGUUAUUGACGAUGCGGACCUUGCGGAACUAUUUCCGGAACAAACCGCGAGCGCGCCGGCGCAACAACCCAAUUUCACCAGCUUCCCCGUGCAGAACGGAUCACCAGAUAACGACGACAAAUCCAUCGCGGACAAUGCCGACGGCUCCAGUAGCGAAAUGGAGCUCACGCCGCAGCUCGUAACAGCUGCAAUCCAAAGGGCAACGGCAGACUCCUCUGGAUCCGAAAACGAGUGUUCCAACUCCGACGUGGUUAAUCAAAGUACCACUCACUAUGCGUCUAGCUUACUCCAGCAGUUUGUAGCGCAAACACAACUGCUAAGCAGCACCGCACCUUUGAACUCCAUGAACCCAGCGUCAACGUCUUCAUUGACAUGCGGCCUAAGCUCAAGCCCGAUUGAUAGUGUGAGCACGAUCAGUGACUGCGUCUUGGGGCAAAUAAACAACCUUACAGAAAUACCAUCCAUUGGAUCAAAUUUUUUAAGCACCACUUCGCAACAUCUUAGCCCUCAGCAGACAGAAGAACUUACGCAGAUUAACAAAGAUCUCGAGGAAAUAACAUCAGUUACAGAAUCUGUGGGCUUGUCAUUACCUAAUCCUCCCAGUCUAGAGGACUGUGUUGACAACAAUGAUUUUAUGAACCUGGACAUCACACCAGGAGGAUCAGAGUUAAGUGGCGCAAGUAAUUUGUUGAAAAACUCUCCCAUAACCAUUAUGAAUUCUGAUUUAAGUCAAAUAGAUCCCCAAAAACUUGACACGAUCAGUACGAAUUCUGUUGAAUCUCAAGAGGAUGUUAAAAACAUUAUUGUAGAGUCGAGGAGGAAAAGGGGGCGGCCCCGCAAAGUAAGAAAAGUGGCUGAAUACGAAAAUAAAGCGGUUGAAUCUCAUAAAGAAGAUAAGUCCGUUGUGAACGUUAUUAACGACUUUCACAAUAAUAAUGAUCCACCGAAUGUAUCGCCUGAUUCAGGAAUUCUGUCAAAUCAUAACUCUCCUACUCAUUCACCUUUACGACGUCACGAUCUGGAUGAUAGCAACGGUAGGCUAAGUAGAAAGUCUGUUCAGAAAGAAAACAGCACGAUGGAAAGAAAGAACAUGCGGUCUAAGUCGAAAACUAGAAGCAGAGGUCACAAUUUGUCCGACUCGAGUGACUGCGAUUUUAACAGGAAGCGCAUAGAAAACGAAAUCAAGCAAAUAAAAACCGAAGCACCGUCGCCUAUACCCUUGAAACAGGAACCAAAUAAAUAUGAUAAAACUAAAAAAUCUGAUCAUAAGUUAGAUAUUGCCGCUUUAGAUAGAAUGCUGUAUGCAACAGACAGAGUCCUUUAUCCCCCCAGGAAGAAAACUAGUCGUAAACCACCGAGUAAAGCAAAAGUUACCAAGAACUCUCCUAAAACAUUAAAGGACAAAAACCAGUACGACUCCGGUGACAGUGAUGAAGACUCUAUACCAUCUAACAGGUCUGUGUUGUCUGGAGUAUACGCAAAAAGGAAAGAACUAAACAGUAAAUUGUCAAAUUUACCGAAGAAAGCUAGUAAAAAUUCUACAAGCACAUGGCGUGACCAUCAAAGCGAAAAUGAGGCUGCGGCAGACGAUCCCUUAGACCCAACUUGGAAGCAAAUAGAUCUGAAUCCGAACUUGAGUUUAGUAUCCACUGAAUUUGAUGAAAAUUCUAAAAAUGGCAUGAGCACUGAUCAAUUUCUGUGUACUGAAACUGAUUGUAUGGGUGAAAUUCAAAAUAAUGCGUCCUCCGAACCUCCAAAGGCUAAAGUUACCAAUGAAAAAGGAAAAAAAAAUAAUGAAAGCUCUAAGGCGGUUCAGACAAGUAAUACGCAAGACAUUAAGAGUCAGACAAAGACAGAAGAUAGUAACUUGAAAAAUGCAAAGAUCGAGGAAAAUCUUGAAACCCAGAAAAAUAUUACCAAUUCAAGUGAAAAAACAUCAAAUACAAAUGAUAUAGUUAGCGAUGAGCUAUUGACAAAAAAAUUAGAUAAAGAAAAUGUAACCAAAUCAAGUGACAUAGAAAAGUCAUCACCGAAAUGCAAAGAAAUCGAAAACAAAACUUUAGUGUCAACAAAACAAGAUAUUACAAAUAAAACAUCACCAAGAAAUGAAGCGAAAUCUUCGCCUGUAAGAAAUAGCGCACCAAUUGUCACCCCGAAGAAACGUCAUAGAUUAGAAGCUGACAAAGCUGCUUCCAGCUUAGAUCAGGUAGUCCAAUCAUUAUCAAAAAAGUUAUCAGAAGAUAAAACCUUAACAACAAAUAACUGUAAAGAUGUGAACCAAAAUAACUCUAAUGAAGAUAUUAAAGACACGGAAAAUGCAACUGCUCUCUCAACAAAUCCCGUUGUGACAGCUGCAAACGUAACAAUGGAUCCUUUGAAAAGCAUGUCGGCACGAACAUUGUAUAAAAGUUCAAUCCCACCUUCACAAAAAUCUGAAAUCAUGACAAGAAAGAAGAAUAGAUUAGAGGGGUUAACGAGCAAUUUAGUUUCAAAAAUUAAUCCCAGUGCAGCUACUAAAGUUCUGGAUACCUUAUUGAAUAAUAAUAUUAGAAAAUCCAUUGAAUCUCGUAUACUAGAAAAAGAAAAGAAUGUCACGGAUUGUACAUCCAAGGUAACAGAGGACAAGCCGAAAAUUAAAGAAUCUCCUCUUAUUAAUACUAGAGCUACAGUUAUUAAAUCACCAGUAUCUAAGGGAAAACCCAUGGAUACCAAAAAGUCUAAGGCCUCUGAAAUUUGCACAGAGACGACCGUUGUUGUCAAUGUUGACAAACCAACUGGUAUAUUUGAACCGUCUGUAGAUUUGGAAGAUCAGAUUCCAAAGUCAUCGAUUUGCGUUAGUAAUAUCGUGAUGGACAAUAAAAACAAAAGUAAAACAAAGUGUGGCGACAGCAAAGCUUCGGAUCCAUUAUUAGUCCCAAUUGAUACGGAGUCGGAUAUCCCGCUUGCUUUGAUUACGGAAACGCCAGAACCAGUUAUCAGACCGAAAAGAGGCGAGUCUAUAGCCUCAGUAAUAUCUGACAAAAUCCAAGAAACUGCAAUCGGUCAUAAUUUACGGCAACCUAAAAGGAAUUUGAGCGUCGACAACGAUGAUGCAAAUGAUAAGAAAAAGAAGAAAACAUCGAGCAGUAUAAUUAAAGAAAGUAAAUUGGUCUUGCCCGCUAAAGUCCUGAUUCCUAAGAUCCAGGCGGAAAGGCUAUUAGUUAAUGAUGCGAUUAAGAAAAUGAUUACGCUAUCAGCAAACAAGGUCGAAACAAAUUCAUCUAGUGAAAGCAAGACUGGUGAAGCUUCUAAAAAGAAGACAAGAAGAAGGAAGGCCAUUAACCGGACCGGCUUUCCUAGUAUUAAAAAGAAAAAGAAAAAAAUCGAGCCCAACAGCUCUCAUCAUGUUCAAUCUGACAGUCAUUUUACAUCUGAUACUGAUAAUUCUGCGUUUGAGAGAGUGCCAAAAGACGGCGAAGACAUGAGCAGUUUCUUGCAAAGGACAAGCAAAAGACCAGAGCUCAAAGUAGUUUUAAAUAAAGAGGAAUGUCCAAAGCAAGGUCGUCUAACUGUUGUGGCUCUAGAAAAAUUACAAGGCAAAGAGAUAGCAGCUGAUAAUUCAAGCAAAUCCGUUACCCAUCCUGAAAGAAAUGGUAUAGAGAAGCGGGCGACCAAUUCUAUUCUUAGAGCACCGGCGCUUCAGUUGAAACAAACAAGAAACGAAAAGGAAUUGAAAAACCAUAUAAAUAAAUGGGAAGUUCUAAGCGAAACAGAUAGCAUACCGUCUUUAGCCAGCUCACUCAGCAAUGAUCCGGAAGAUAGCAUACCUUUGAGUUUGCUUAACUUGAAAACCAACAAACCAAUUAAUCGUUUAGACAGCUUAGAGAGGUUGAAGCGAAAAACACGCGCUAUGUCACCAUCACAUGAAAUCGAAGAAAUAUUCUCAAAGAGGAAAGUAGUGGAGAAAGUAACAAAAACGGGCCUCAGACCUAAGUCGAGUUUAGCUGUUCUGUAUCCUGGCGAGAGAAGGUUGACGCGAAGCUCUGAUAAUACGAAUGAAGAAAGCAAGGGAAGGUUUAAGAAAGACACCAAGAAAUCCACAACCGAUCUGAACAUCGAGAAGUCCACCAGGCCAGUAAACGUGACAGUCAGGCGAAAGUCGAGAUUGUGCCAGAUUACGAAGAAACCACCCGAGGUGCAUUCUAGUUCGCGAGAGAGCUCUUUGGACACGGUCGAGAGUAGGAAAAUCACCUCGAAAUCGCGGGAGCCCUCCGUCGACACUUUCCAGGAUCUCGACGAGAAUGAUCCCUUGCCGUUAAACGAGAAAGAGAUCGACUUCGAGAAGAGCAUAGAUGUGCUUUCCAAAAACAUCAUAUGUAAAAAGAGGGUGGCCUCGUCCAGAGACGACAGCCCCGUUAGCAGCGUGGACAAUAGGGACAAGCCGGUCGUGUCGAAAAGGAAUCCGCGCUUGAGGAAGAAGUUUCUGGCAGCCGGACUGUUCUCCGACUAUUACAAAGACGAUCCCAAGCCGGAGGGCAAAGGGAAGAAUCUGGUGACGCAGACGGAAUACCCGCCCGGGCUGCUCGGCCCGCCGCCCUACUGCGAGCGCUGGGUGCGUCGCCGCUUGCAACACUUCGCGCUCCCCUACGACAUCUGGUGGCAGCAGCACUACAACCAGCCGGUGCCCUCUUGGAAUUACAAGAAAAUACGCACAAAUGUGUACUACGACGUGAAGCCUUCGGCCGAGGAAUGCGAGAGCGUGGCGUGCAAUUGCGCGCCGCCCUCUGGCUGCAAUGAAGACUGCAUCAACCGCCUCGUCUAUUCAGAGUGCUCGCCCCAGCUCUGCCCCUGCGGCGACAAAUGCAAGAACCAGCGCAUCCAACGCCACGAAUGGGCCUCCGGCCUGGAGAAGUUCAUGACAGAGAACAAAGGCUGGGGCGUGAGAACGAAACAUCGCAUCACUUCGGGCGACUUCAUCUUGGAGUACGUGGGCGAGGUCGUCUCGGACAAGGAGUUCAAAGAACGCAUGGCGACGCGCUACGCCCGCGACACGCACCACUACUGCCUGCACCUGGACGGCGGGCUGGUGAUCGACGGCCACCGGAUGGGCGGCGACGGCCGCUUCGUCAACCACUCGUGCCGGCCCAACUGCGAGAUGCAGAAGUGGACCGCCAACGGUACAUUCCGAAUGGCACUGUUUGCACUACGGGAUAUCGAUCCGGGGGAAGAGCUGACGUACGAUUACAAUUUCUCCCUCUUCAACCCUGCUGUUGGUCAGCCGUGCAAAUGCGACUCGGAGGACUGCCGCGGCGUGAUCGGCGGCAAGUCGCAGAGGGUCACCAAGCAGCCGCUGAAGGCGCAGUCGCGCACCCCGUCGAACGCGUCCAACCAGUCGCACAGCUCCGGCGGCAACCCGCUGCGCGUCGGCCGCCCCAGGAAGGCCGCCAAGUGCAACAAGAAGCCCGAGCAGCAGAGCGUCGCCGCCUGCGACCUCAAGAGCAUGACCAUCCUCAAGUACCAGCAGCACCUGAACAAACUGUGGCAGGAGCCGCAGAUGAAGCCGCUCACCGCCAAGGAGAGGUGCCUCGUCAGGGAGCGGCACUGCUUCCUGUUCCGGAACCUGGAAAAUGUGAGGCGCACUCGCGAGCGUCUCUCGCUAUCUCUACCGCCGUCUCCGCCUGCCGCCACCGCUUCCGCGACCUCCCCUGCCUCCGCCUCCACCUCUGCAUCCGUUCCCGCGUCCGCGUCCGUUGCCGCCUCCGCUUCCACUUCCACUUCCGCUCCCGCCACUGUGUCCGCGCUGUGCCCGCCAGCCGUGAUCAACGUGAACCCGCUCUCCCUACCGGACACGAUGAACCCCGCUAUAUUCCUUAAGAGGCUGCAAAUGCUGCGCGCCUCCAAAGAGGAGAGUACGAAGAAUCUGCUUCAGUUUGAAGACGACCUCACUUUGGAGCCCAAACAGCGAUUGGCCAGGGUCUUCAAGGCCUUGUUCAAUGCAAUCGUGGCUGUUAAAGACGAGGACGGUAGGCAGCUGUGCGCGCCGCUUCUGCGGGCGAAGGGCGAGCGGGGCAGGCAGGCUGAGGGUCCGUGCGAUCUGAGCGCGAUCGAGCGCGGCAUCGCCGCCGGCCGCUACGAGAGCGCGGCGCUGUUCGACGCCGACGUGGGCGCGCUGCUCUCCGCCGCCGUCAGGGAGCACGGCCGCCUCUCCGCCGCCGGCGCGGCCGCCGUGCAGCUCAAGAAGGUUUACAAUACCGCAAAGGCUGACUGCGCCGAGCAUUUAGUGAAAAUUUUAGGCUCGCAAGAAUCUCUACCAGCUGGCUUCGUACAAAAGACUAAAACCGAGGAGGUGAUCCUGUGUAUCUGCGGUCUACAUGUGGAGGAGGGGCUGAUGGUGCAGUGUGGUGGCAGCGGUUGCGGCGUGUGGCAGCACGCGCGCUGCAUGCGGGUGGCCGAUACCACGGCACCCCACUACUGCCACAACUGCUCGCAGCGCGCCGUCGACCGCGAAAUACCACUGGACGACUACACAGAGGAGGGGCACCAGUUCUACCUGUCGCUGAUGCGGGGCGACCUGCAAGUGCGGCAGGGUGACACCGUGUACGUGCUGCGCGAUAUACCGAUAGACGAGAAGCACCCCGACGUCAGCCAGAGGAGCGGCGAAAAGGCCGAAUCGCCGAAGACCAAGCGGCUCGACAGGAAAAAACUCAAGGGCGCCGCCAAAGGAAAGGACAAGCCGGAAGACGGCGCCAACAAGGUGGAGAUCCGGAAGCACACGUACCAGACGAUCGGCGAGAUCCCUGUGUCGGAGCUGGACAUUUUCCGCGUGGAGCGCAUGUGGAAGCACAAGGACACGCAGGAGCGUUACGUGUACGGACACCACUAUCUCAGGCCUCACGAGACAUUCCACGAGCCCACCAGGAAAUUUUUCCCCAAUGAAGUCAUGCGUGUUCCGUUGUACGAAGCGGUUCCUAUAGAACUUGUCAUGUCUCAAUGCUGGGUCAUGGACCUAAACACGUACUGCAAGGGGCGGCCGGUGGGCGCGGCCGAGCCUCACGUGUACAUCUGCGAGCUGCGCGUCGACCGCACCGCUCGCCUCUUCACCAAGGUGUCCCGCCCCAAGUACCCGCUCUGCACCAAGCCGUACGCCUUCGACCACUUCCCCCAGCGGCUCAAAAUAACGCGCACGUACGCCCCACAUGAGGUAUCACCCGAGUAUCUUAAGGGCAGAGCAGCAAAGAGCGCCGCGCCAGCCGAAAAAGCUAAUAAAGGUGUACAAGAACACAAAAAGAAAGCGGCGUCGAUUGCUGUUGCAGUGGGCGUUAAGGCGUCCACGCCGACCACUGCGUCCGAGCGGCGAGAGCGUCAGAAGGAGCGCGUGAACAGCAUCGCGCGGCGUUUGUUGGGCGCGGGCGCGGCCCGUGGCGCUGUCGACGCCUCUUACCUGCUCGCCCCCCACGCCCCUCACGUCCCCCGCUCCCCUCACGCCCCCCACAACGCCAGCCCCUCUCGGCCCGCCCGCCGCCCCCGCCGCUUCGCCCCCCGCCCGUCC